CUCUCACCUCGACACUUACCAUGGCCCUGGAAAGCGUGGCCUUCUAGCCAAUUUCGUACGACUCACACAAGCCCGUCAUCAGCUUGUUUGGUCCCCUGCCCUCCCGCCGAAGGCCUCUCGCUUGUUACCGUUUUACCACUUCAUCUUGGUGCAACUUCACCGACUUGUGCCCUGACACAAUCUUACCAUCGGCAAUCCACCCGCUUCGUCCUUGUCGUCAUGUUCUGUCCGCCCGGCCAUGUCUAUGAUAUGCAAGUCAUCCCGCCAGGGUGGGAGGGGGCAGACGAUUGGUACCUUGCCUUCAUUGCUUUACCUCGGGGCCCGCAUGUUGCAGAUUCGCUUCCGAGUACUAACCUCACUAUCCUGAUUUGCUUCUUGCGAGACAUUUCCCCUCGGGCCCACCUCGUGGCUGUAGCGGAAGGCCCAGGACCACGGGUCUAG